UCAGCAUAGUAAUUCCACAAAUCUUGCUCCAAAACUUCAGAGAACAAAAAGCUUCCCCCUUUCUUUUAAGUUUUAACUUGAGCUCUGAUCUUUUAUAUUUUCCGAUCCAUAUAUUUUUUUCUCGGAUCAUCACUCACUUCUUCUCCUUCAUUUUCUUUGUUUUCCCAUCUGAAAAUUUUCAGUUUUUGUUCUGAAUUUUUGGGAAAAGGGACUUCUUUUUGGUACCCUGUUUUCCUACACACUGAUAAUAUUUCAGAACAGUCUGUUUCAAUUUUGCUUUUUUUUUUUUUUUCCCCCAGAAAAUCAUGGACACAAUGCAAGAAAACAAUCUUGCUUUUGGGUUCACAGACGCCAUUGACAUCCGAUCUUCUCUCUCAAGUAUCAUACUAACAAGCUCCACAAACACCCUGGACUCGAUUUUUUCUCACUGCCCACAAACACUCACCACCGCCGUAACAACCACCAGCAGCGGCAGUUCUGUAUCCGAGCCGCUGGGCUCAUCAGUUUACCUCCGCCAAAGAGACCUUCUCCAGAAGUUCUGCGAUGAAAGCCGAGCAAACGCAAACGCCACGGUUUCGCGCUCUUUUGAGACGAACCCAUUGCAGAGCUCGGCUUGUUCUUCGACCACUUACAUGGCUCCAUACAAGAAGAAGCUCUAUAGGGGAGUACGGCAGAGACAUUGGGGCAAAUGGGUAGCCGAGAUCAGACUCCCUCAGAACAGAGUGAGGGUCUGGCUCGGCACCUACGACAAUGCGGAAGCCGCCGCCUAUGCGUACGACAGGGCGGCCUAUAAGCUCCGCGGUGAGUACGCGAGGUUGAACUUCCCAAAUCUUACGGACCCGAGCAAGUUGGGUUUCGGCGACGGUUCUAGACUGAACGCCGUGAAAAACUCCGUGGAUGCGAAAAUCCAAGCGAUUAUUCAGAAGGUGAAGAGGGACAGAGCCAAGAAGAAUGUGAAGAAGAGCAGUUCUUCAGUUGGUGGCGGUGAUGGGAGUUUCAGUGAGAAUGGGAAGGUUGUGAAGGUGGAAUCCUCUCCGUCGUCCUCGUCGUCGCCUUUGGUCUUUGGCGACGGUUUUGGCCACGAAAUGUCGUCAUUAACCCCGACGCCGACCGUGUCUGAGGACGGGGUUUGGAGGAGUGAGAAGAACUCACCGCCAUCUGUUUCAACAGAGUUUCAAAUGGGGAUGGCGGAGUUGGGAAUGGGAGAAGAGUCGGAAUUUGAAGGGUGUUCACUUGCAGGAAUGCCUUCAUUUGAUCCUGAGUUGAUUUGGGAAGUUCUUGCUAAUUAGAAAGAGGAUUUGAUCUGGGAAACCUUGGUUUUUAGAUAAAUUUUUGCAAAUUUAGGUAUACAAGUGGUAGUAUUUGUGUUUCUUGUUUUUGUGUAGCUCUAGUACUUGGGAGUUUUUGAGUGUAAAUUGUAGUUUAUAAUAAGUUGAGCUAUCUUAAUA